UUCUCUUUCCUUCACUCUUGACUCCAAGUCCUCCCUCAACUUCCAAGCAGCUUCAAGCUACGCGUUGUUGAAUUUAAGAAACCCCCUUCACCCUUCUGUUUUUUUCACGUAAGUAUUCUACAUUGACUCAUAAUCUACGACUCAAUUAUUUUCUUCUGAUUUUUUUAAUUGUACACACAUUUUUUCUAAUUUUCAUGCUUACUUAAAGCUAAUCAAACCACUUCAGUUCUUGUCAAUGUCAAUCCAAUUCCACAAUUCAAUCAUACCCUCUUCCCUCAAAUUCUCAUAACUAACCAAACAAGGAAAGAAAGAUUGUUUCAUUUUGUUUGUGGGUUUUGGUUAAAAUUUUGAAAAAAGUUAAAUAAUUUGGUGGGAAAGGCUAAGUUAUUAGCUAUGGCGGGGAUUAAGAAAAAGAUCAUGUCAGUUUCAAAAUCAAUGACUGGUACGGAAUUUUUUGAUUAUAAUACAGAUUUUUCAAUUGCUUUGGAAUACACAGGCUCCCCUAUUAGUAAUAGUAUGCUUCUCAAAGUUUUGCCUGUUGAUGUUGAUUGUAUUCCAACUGCUAAGAUUGCUCAAACACCUGCUAUUGUGAAUACUUUAUCAUUGCCUGUAGUUGAACCAAUUGUUAGGAGGAAUAUUAAGGGUAAUAAUGAGGUUAGAUUAGGUUUUAGGGCCGAUAAUUCGAAGAAUAUGGUGACCCCUUUGAAGGAUAGGUUUAGAGAUGAUGUUACUAAUAAUGGGUUGAUUGGAAAUGGGGGUUUGAAAGAUUGGGUUGAGAGUUCAGGUACACUAGGGUUUUCAGAUAGUACAAGGGAUCAUUCACAUGAGUUGUCUGUGAGUUCAGACAUGUUAGAAACCCCAAAUGAUUGUGAUGAAAUUGAGAUUGAGGGUUUCCAGGAUUCAAUGGGUUUGGAUAAGUGGAAUAACUCAAUUGAGCCUGGUUCGAAUACAUCUCAGAAUUUUGGUGGAAUAUUUUGUGAGGAAGAGGAAGCUUCUGAUGGAGAACAUCUAGAGUGUAGGAGGAAGAAGAAGAAAGCUGCUGUUACUUUUGACCAUGAGUCUGAUAUAAGGGUUGUUGAGGAUGAUACAAUAUAUACUGAUGAAGGUGAUAGUAUAUGGGAAAGGCCUGUACCUGAAAAGCCUCCGAAGAAGGGUAUGUGUUAUCAUUGUCAUAGAGGGAGUCGUCUUACUGAGAAAGAAGCUUGUCUUGUUUGUGAUGCUAAGUAUUGUAGUCAUUGCAUUCGAAAAGCAAUGGGAUCGAUGCCACAAGGUAGAAAAUGCCUUACCUGUAACGGUUUUCCUGUUGAUGACUCGAAAAGGAAGAUGCUUGGAAAAAGCUCGCGGUUUUUGAGGGGAUGGUUGGAGAAGGAGGAGGUGAGACAAAUUAUGGAGGCUGAGGUAUCUUGUCCUGAAAAUCAGCUACCUCCUAAGUGCAUUUUGGUAAAUGGCUGCCCACUAAACAGGGAUCAACUGAUGGUGUUGCUCACCUGUACUAAUCCUCCAAGGAAUCUGAAACCGGGAUCUUAUUGGUAUGAUAAAGUCUCUGGUUUCUGGGGAAAGGAAGGGUACGGGCCUCGUCAGAUCAUUACUCCAAAGCUUUCCAUUGGGGGACAGAUGAUGCAAGCCGCUAGCAAUGGAAACACGAAAGUGAUGAUUAAUGGCCGGGAAAUUACUAAAACAGAACGGUUGAUUCUGAAGUCAUGUGGUGUUAGGUGUGAGGGGAAUCCAGACUUUUGGGUGUUGGAUGAUGGAGAUGUUAUAGAAGCAGGAAUGGACAAGAAAAAGGGAAAUAUUUGGGGCAAGAAAAGAACGAAGUUUCUGUGCACUCUCUUAUCAUUGCCUACUCCUGAAUCUCAAAAUCAUAGAGGGCGAUCAAACCGUGCCUCUGAAGGAGUGUUUUCUAGUUAUCUUGAACAAAAAGUGCUAUGCAAAGUGCUUCUAGUUGGCAAUGGUUAUUCAGGGACAAGUACCAUUUUUAAGCAGGCUAGGAUUCUAUAUGAUACACCUUUCUCGGAAGAAGAGCGUCAAAAUAUGAAGUCCAUGAUUCAGAGUAAUCUUUAUGGGUAUCUUGGUAGACUACUCGAGGGACGUGAAAUAUUUGAGGAAGAAAGUUUGUUAGAAAUGAGGAAGAGGCAGUCUGCUGAUCCUGGUCCAUCAGAUUCGACUGGUGAACUAAAAGGUGUAACUGAGUAUACUAUUGAGCAGAAAUUGAAGGGUUUUUCUGAUUGGCUCAUCAAUAUCAUGGUGUCGAGUAACCUGGACGUGAUUUUCCCAGAAGGUACUCGAGAAUAUGCCCAAUUUGUUGAAGAAUUGUGGAGUCAUGCAGCCAUUCAAGCUACAUACAGCAGAAGAAAUGAACUAGAGCUACCUAGGGUUGCUAGUUAUUUCUUAGAUAAGGCAGUUGAAAUUUCCCAAGUGGAUUAUGAGCCUUCUGAUACCGACAUCAUGUAUGCAGAGGGCAUAAAUUCGUCCAAUGGUCUCACUUCUAUGGAGUUCUCCUUUCCUCAACCACCAGAUAAUAGCUACUGUGACCCUGAUAACCAACCAGCAGAUCUUGUUACACGAUACGAGCUAAUUAGAGUGCACGCAAAAAGCCUCGGGGAGAACUGCAAGUGGUUAGAGAUGUUCGAGGACGUUGGGAUUGUUCUAUUUUGUGUAUCCCUAACAGAUUACGACGAAUACGAGGUCGACAGUAAUGGAAAACUUACAAACAAGAUGUUACAGAGCAAGAAACUCUUUGAGAGCAUCAGUAAUCACCCAAAAUACAAGGAUAAGAAUUUCCUUUUGAUCCUAAACAAGUAUGAUCUUUUGGAAGAAAAGAUAGAGCAAGUACCCCUCACACACUGUGAGUGGUUUCAGGACUUCGAUCCAGUUUUCAGCCGCCAUCAAAGCACCAGACGCGAUGGUAAUAACAUAGCCCCUCUGGCUCAACGCGCAUACCACUACAUUGGGGUGAAAUUCAAGAGGCUAUUCAAAACAUUAACUGGUAAAAAGUUGUAUGUUUUUCCAGUUACUGCUCUGGAACAUGAUACUGUUGAUAAUGCUCUUAAGUAUGCGAGGGAGAUUCUUAAAUGGGAGGAAGAUAAGCUGAACAACAGCAGCAUAAAUGAAAUUUCUACAGAGAGUAUUGAGAACAGCUCUUUUUCAUGAAAUCAGGCUGUUUGAUCUGCUGAAGAUUUCACUGAAGUGUAGGUUUUUCCUCGUAUAGUAACGUUCUUUUGUCUAAUGUUUAUGUAUGUAUAUAUACGCACAACGCGUUAAUUGAGCAGUUGAGUAGAGAGAGUUGGAAAUAGAGAUAGGUAUACCGUAUAUGAAAGGAAAUACGUAGUAUAAUACAGUUUGAAUGACUUCUGCAGAGGUGAUUGUAUAAUUUUUUAUAAUGUAUAUUAUACGAAGUACAGUAGCAUCUAAAGGAAAAUAAAUAUUUCUAUACAUUUCGUAUC